AUCAAAAUUGUGCAAUUUCAUGUAGGCUGUUCUUUGUUGGUCCGGUGAAAAAUCAACCCAUCGCCUUUUUUUCUCAUCGGAAAGAAGGGUCUUCUCCGGCCUCCGCAUAGUUGCUGCAUGUUUUUGGAGAAAACGGGGGUUUCCCCUGAUUUCCAUUGCUGGAAACCAGAUGGAAGUUCUUACAAACCACCAGCGUACAGUUGGUGCUUGUAUUCACAUCACUCAUAGUCGUCUUCGUAACCUUCCACUCUUCCAGUGGUAGGGGGAUGUGACGGAUCCCUCUUCACGUACGCCAUCCAUCUAAAAGCCUGAUUCGACUGCUUAGGCGACUUGCCAAACAUUAGCGGUAAACAGUUAUCAUGCGGCAUCGCCUGGAUUAGUCUUUUUUACUGCAGGGGGAGAGAAUAGUGCGCGUGACCCUACCCUACCCUGCAUCUUUCUUUUCAGUGCACAACAGCAGCACCGCUCGGGCGUGCACUAGUAGCUGUAGUGUACGCGCCAAGCCCCGACCCUUCUUAUACCCACGCCCCCUCCACUUCAACCUCCCAGCAAAACACACACGCACGCACACAGUCCCCGCACGAGCUGAAGGCACCCACAGGGCUUUUCAUUUCCACGUACAGGGGAAGAAAGAAAGCCCGUCCGGCCGGAAAUGUUCCGCCAUUCCUCGUCGGCGCCUUCGUACGGCGACGCCUACAUGCAGGAGGCCCUGCCCGCAGUGCCGACCCUGAUCCCUCGCUCUGCCGCCGGGGGAUACUUCGACGGUGGCAAUGUCGGUGGAGUGUUCCCUCCCUUCGCCGCCGCCUCGUCUCCGCCGUCAUCCUACUCCUCGUCGUACUACAACAUCCAUCGCAGCAUCAGCGCGCACUCGCUGCCGCUCCCGCUCCACAUCCAGCUCGGCGACAACUUCAACGGCGGCGGCGCAUUCUUCUCGUCCUCGUCCCCGUCCCCUCACCAGCAGCUGUCUUUGCCGCCCAUGUCCUCCUCCCCGUCCUCCUCCUGCGGCGAUCUGUAUGAUUUCAGCAGCUCCGCAUGCACAGUCCGCCGCGUCUUCAGCACCGGCGAUCUCCAGCAGGGGAUGAACGGGUCAUCGCCGGUGCCGUCAGGCGACGGCUGCGGCCAAGACGCCGGAGGAGGCCCGUUCUCGCAGAAGGUCGGGCGAUACAGCGCUGAAGAGCGCAAGGAGCGGGUAGAGAGAUAUCGCUUAAAACGCCACCAGAGGAACUUCACCAAAAAAAUCACCUACGCGUGCAGGAAGUCGCUGGCCGACAGCCGGCCGAGGGUGAAGGGCCGGUUCGCGAGGAACGGCGAGGCGGAGGCGGAGACCGACGACCGGGAGGCGUCCGAUAACAGCUAUGACUAUUGCGGCUACAGCGAGCCCAGCAACCAGAGCACCGGGAACAGCCGCUACCACGGCCAGCAGCAUAUCAAGGACGACAGAGUCUGCAACGGUGCCGCCGCAGCAGCGUUCGCUGGAGUCAGCGACAAUGGCGACUGGUGGUGGCGGGCUCCGGGGGCGGAGGGGCCGCGGCAGGUCGGCUUCGACGUCGACGAGGAGCUGUGGGCCACCCUGGGCGACAUGCUGUCCGUGAACCUGGCGUCGUAGUAGGCGAUCGGUGGAUCGACGGCAUGGAUGGGUCGGUGGAGCCGUUAGUGGUUUUUGGUGGGCUCCGUCCGACGCACCAGACGGCAGCACUACCAUAGCCCGAUCGGUCAGGUCAGGGUGGCGGCUCGGCCAGCUGCCGUGUGCGCGGCACAGUGCAGCCAUGGAGGUCAGAGUGGCGCCCGUUGACCUUGUCCCCCGGGGUUGUAUUAUUGUAACCUUUAGCCAGAAACAUCAUGAGAGUCGGAGACAAAAGGAGAGACCGAUCGCCUUCCUCGUGUUAGACUUUGAGAACAACUUGUGUGUGUUCCGUGAGUUCCCGGUUACUUCCAUGUAUAAAAAAGCUUGAAAAAUUAUCUGUCCCAC